UGACGGACUUCCAAAACAAUGCGGAUUCUUGAAACGCCAAGUAUAAAGCCCUUAUAUCUGAAUGUAUCGAAAUCGAUGAAGGAUAGCAGAGUUACAGUGUAUGGAGGAUUCAAGUGCCCCGAUGACACAACUGCAGAAAUUGAUGACGGAACGAUUGUUAAAUUUGACAAAGUAUUAAACUCUGGGGGAAGUUCAACAGACUUUGAAUUGGUUUUAAAUUAUGAUAUGCGGAGAUAUUUGGCAAGACUAACGCUAAGCUCCAAAUCUGCAUCAGAAUUUUUGCACAUUUAUUUGAGAGGGUUGGUAGACGACUCUGUACAGACCGACUUUACUGGAACAAACUGCUCUGUUGGAAUAAACAGAUCAUCCGAAAGUCAAACCACUACGUACACUUCCGCUAUUCAAAACUAUAACAACGGCGUCGAUGAUAAAUUUACAAUUGGGUUGAAUAAAUCUGGAAAGAUUAUUCGACUUGAUUCCAACAUUUAUUGCUACUCUUUAAAUGCGGAAUAUAGGAAGUAUUUUAAAUCAAGAUGUUCUAUGUAUGAAUCCGAGGAUCCUUUAUAUGUUACUUUCUACGAAGAAAAAAUGGCCACUGACAAUGUUGAACUCCUUUAUCUCAAUUACAUGUUCAAUCCCCUUGGACAUUGUUCUCAGAUAUGCAUUACAAACAUGAAACGAUGGUUUUUCUCAAUCAUUUAGCUUCAUCAG